AUGGAUGGUUCGGAUAAGGUUCAUCAGCUUCUCAGGCCACUUGUCCGUGGCACUUUGGACAACUCUCUUGGUAUCUUCAUCCACGCUCAACAACAAUGGCUGUUUGCUCUAGUUACCCCCGACAGGUUUGGUAAAUACGUAUAUCAGCCUAUGACCCCUGUGGAACUGCUUCCAAGCACUGAGAUUCCUGCCAGGCCUCGGGAACCCACAAACACCAUCCAGAUCUCAGUCUCUCUCACCGAACACUUUUUGAAAUUUGCAUCUGUCUUCCAGCCUCCCCUUCCCCCCGAGUCACCAAGGUACUGUAUGAUUUCAGACCUCUUCAUCGACAACUAUCAGGUUAAAUGUAUUAAUGGGAAGAUGUGUUAUGUGCAGAAGCAGCCGGCACCACAUUCCCACAAAAUGAGCCCUGAGGAGGUCUCUGCACACGAUGCCUUAAUUUCAAAAGAGAGCAAUACACCAAAAAUAGAUCACUGCUCUUCUCCCUCAAGCUCCGAGGACUCUGGUAUCAAUGCAAUCGGGGCAAACUAUGUGGAAUCGUGUGAUGAGGACACCGAAGAAGGAGCAGAACUGAGCUCAGAGGAAGAUUACAGUCCAGAGAGCAGCUGGGAACCGGACGAGUGCACCCUCCUCUCCCCCUCACAAUCUGACCUGGAAGUGAUUGAAACAAUAGAAACCACCGUGUAGAGUCCAGGCAGGAAGCUGCAGCCUCCGACCUGUGCUGAGCUUUUGUACCUUUGCUGAUGGAGCCUUUUGCCAAUGCUGUUGGUAUUUUCUAGCCCUCUCUUACAACCAUAGCAGUUC